AACUAUAAAUACAAGAACACACGGAGAUAGAGAUGACUUGAAUGACACAAACAUGGAUACAAUAAAUGCAAACUGUCAAGAAGAUUUAGAAAGUUUAUCUAGCAAUUCAUUUGAAAACAUGGAAGGAAAAAAUGUCCAUAACAACAGAAAAUCAGAAGCAACAUUUGAGCAAAAAACGGAGGACAAUAAGCAGAUUCCAAUUCGUCUCUGGCUUUGUAGCCAUUACACAAAAUUAACAGGAGAAGAAGCAGCAAAAUGCAAUUAUUGCAUUUCAAAAUUUUCUAUUAAUAUCAAAGAUUAUGGAAAAUUUCAUCGCCACUUGGUAGAGAAGCAUCCAAAUAAAUUAACAAAAAAUGAAAAGAAAGAGAAAAAAUUUGGUUGGUUUUGGGAUUAUUUUAUACCAAAUAAUAAUAUGACAGCAAUAUGCAAGUUUUGUCACAUUAUCUGCAAGUAUCAUAAAGAUUCAAAUGCAAACUUGAUAACACACUUAAAAAAAUGUCAUAGAAUAACUAUAAGUGCAAGAACACACGGAGAUAGAGAUGACUUGAAUGACACAAACAUGGAUACAAAAAUAAAUGCAAACCAUCUAGAAGAUUCAGAAAGAUUAUCUAGCAAUUCAUUUGAAAACACGGAAAUAACAAAUGUCCAUAACAGGUAAUUAUUAGCUGUGCAUUUAUUA